AUGCAGUUGAAGCGGAAGCAGGCGGAGCAGGAGGAGCAGGAGGAGGGGAAGCGCAAGGAGCAGGCCGAGGCGCACCUGUUCACGGUGAUCAAGGUGUCGCGAGACAAGGACCUGUGGGAGCAGAUCGGCAGCGACCUCAUCUUUGACCUCGUGGACCACGAGCACGUGACAAGUUUCCGCUUGCCGAACCAGAUGUGCUUUGUGGACUUCCAGAGGGAGGUGGAGUGGGAGGUUGGCGUUCCGGUGGCAGGGCAGCGGUUUUGGCUGUGGGCGCAUCAGCAGAACCACACGUACCGCCCCAACCGACCGCUUAAUCCCGUGGAAGAGGGCAUGACGACGGGGCAGCUGAGGGAAUCAGUGUGCGGGCCACAUGCAAUGGACCUUCGUCUGCUCUCCCAAUCUUUUCCAAUUCCUUUCUCCCCGUAUCCUCCCGCCCCCUCCCCUCGUCCCACCCGUCCUCCCCUUUCAGGUGCGACAGCUGAGGGACUCAGUGAGCAGGGCACACCGCACGGACCUGCGUCUGUUCCUAGAAGGCUCGCCAACCCCCCCU